AAUAACAAAUGUCACCCAAAUUUGUCAAAAUUAGAAUAAUUUAAAAAAUGACUUCGUUUCAUAACGAUAAACAUUUCUGCAUUCUCCCAAAAAGAAAAAAACAUUACACCAAACCGUUGCAUCCAGCAGCUGGAAUACUAGCAAAACUCUACGUAAAGUAUAAAUCUCUUGUAAUCUUGGACUUAAACAGCACCCAGGCGAAGGAACAUUAUACACAUGCUUCAGUAAUGAGAGCUGAACUAAGGAGACAUGCGAAUGGACCGCAAAGCUAUAUUAUACAUCCUUUUAGCAAACUGAAUGCGUUUAUAGAAAGAUUUUUCUUUUUACUGUUGCUUCAUCGUACUGUAUUUGUAGUGUACGCCAAGCUAAAAUCACCGAAUUUAUUUUUAUCUUGUUUAGUAAGAGACGCUUUUCAUGUUUUUAUUAUGGCGUGUUUUUUCUUCACAGGAUAUGCUGAUAAAAAAACUAGAGAGGUAUGUACUGACCACUGUAGCGUUAUCAAACAUUAUUUAACAACGUACUUCGUGAUAGAUCUGUAUUUAGCUAUAGAGGAAUACAUUCAGAUCCUAAGGUUUGAAAUAGUUACUUUAUUUGUGAUGUGUAUCAGUUUACUGUCAUAUAUUAUCAGAUUUAGAAGUAUCAGUUACCUUAUUAAUGACACUUUGGUAGCCUUAAAAAUUAACAAAACAUUCUGCUUUAUUUUAUCCCAAACUGCACUCUUAGCUUUCGUUCUGCAUAUUUUCACAAGCUUGGCAUACUGGGUACCGACACAUUGGUACAAUCACUUUCAAAAUCAUCCUAAUGAUUCUUGGAUUAGCCAAAAGGGUAUAAGCUUUAAAAAAUACGAUGUAUUUACUUAUAUCGACAGCUAUUCCCUCGUUGUUGCUUAUUUCAUGGGAACUAGUUGUUAUGAUGUAGUUACUCAACCCAUAGAACAACUGAUAUUUGUUAUAUACACUUUUACUGGUAGAUUGUAUAUUUUGGUUAUUAUUGCAAAAGUGUUAAUAUUUUUUGGAUACUCUGAUGUAUCCGAGAGCGCUUAUGAAAAUUUAUACUACCAACUUACCAACUAUAUAAGAGCAAUGAAGGUACCACCACAGAUUAAAAAGACUCUUUUCGAAAGGCUUAAUUAUACCUAUCAGAAGAAAUAUUUUAACGAACAAGAAAUUUUAAGUACGUUUACAGAGCACAUUAAAUCUGAACUAUUUCUUUUUGGAGGUAGAAACUUAAUAUCCAAAAACCUGUUAUUAAAGAAUCUGGAUAAAUAUGAAUUAUCAAAGCUGUUUAUUAAUAUGAAAUCACAUUUAUUUUCACCCGAGGAGAUUAUUUUGGAUUUUGAUGACAUCCAACCCUACGUUUUCUUUGUUUCCACUGGAUCGGUCGCAGGAUUCACCCUAGAAGGUAUGCAGUUUAUCCAUUUAGGCGACGGAGAUGUUUUCGGAUGCAUCAGGUUACAUCCUUCAGCACAACGAUUAUAUAAUCCAUUGUAUUUAUCUUUGGAAACAACGGAAGUUUAUUAUAUCCAUUAUAAAGAGCUUCGGUGGGCAUUACAUGAUAAUCAUAGUGUAUAUAAUUAUUUUGAGAGUAUCAGAAGGGAGAGGCUUAGCAAGUAUACGAGAUGCACAAUUUUCAAAGGCAAAAUGGAAACGACUCUGGACCAGUUAAAAAAAGGAGAGUUAUUGGAAAAGCGGAGGUUAAAACAUGGACCUCCGAUGGUUUAAUAUAUUUAGUUUAUUAUUAAUGUUAUUGUUUAUCACUGUUAUUUCUUAUAUGUUAAUGUUACAAAAAUUUACAAAUAUUAUAUUAUUUGAACUGUU